AUGGAUGAUGCAACAAUAGAAGACGAAGGAAAGGAGUUUGUGUUCACAACUCCAAGAACACUGACCUCAAUCAAUCCGCUACUCUCGCAACUUCAAAGCCAAUCGCUGAAUUUCACCGAAAUUGGUCAGCAAGCCAAUAAUUAUUUCUCAGCUGCUCUUAAUGCGUUCACCGACUCAAAAAACGAGAUGACUCAAAACGAUCCAUGGAGGAAGCUGAUUGAUGCUGUGGCUCCAACGAUACAAAAAGUCUCUCCCGAUAUAAUUCCAAGAAUUCGGGAAGAAAUUAAUCGCAUCCAACCUAAUUAA